UAUUUUCCAUUCUAACAUAAGUUUCAUUAGAGGAAAUUUAUUCAAUUAUAUCAACAAUCUUGUGUUGGGUGUACUAUAGUAUAGCCUCAGGCAGUGAUCAGUUCAACAUUUAUUAAUAUUAAUUUUCAUUACAGAGUCUUAGAGAUUUUGAGUUUAAAUUUAUUAAAAUCGGAUAUAAAGUUUGUGCUAAAACCUAAUUUUACUUUUCAGCUUAUUUGUACUCAUUAUUUUAACUUGAGUUUUAUUUAUUUUAAAAUUUGUAUCACUAAAAAUUGCAAUUCAUUUAUAGAAAUAUAAAAUAUACGCCACUUUGAAAAUAACACCAUUAAUUGCGAAUAAUUAUAAUAAAAUGUCACAAUUAUUAAAUAGCAUUAAAUUGUGUCCAAAUUUUGUCGGCAAAUAUAAUAAAAAAUUUGUUCUCAAAUAUGUUAAAAGUGUUUUUCUUGUGGACUACAAGUCUUACUCUCAAAAAUUGAGUCCUCACGUAUCGCUUCCCUAUUCACAUGCAUUUGGCAGAAGUGACCGACAGUUACAAUAUCUUAGAAUUGGAGAUCUGUUAACACAAAGAGCACAAACAGUGUCCAACAAUAUUGCGUUUAUCAGUGAAUAUGAAAAUAUUAGCAAAACUUUUUCACAACUAAAUGAAGACGUAAACCGAUUAGCCAAAGGACUCUAUGAUUUAGGACUCAGAAAAGGAGAUGUAGUGGGACUGUGGAGUUGUAACUCAUACGCCUGGGUUCAGACACAAUAUGCUUGCGCUCGGUUGGGAGUAAUUCUGUGUACAGUUAAUCCUGUAUAUCAAUCACCAGAAUUAAACUAUGCCCUCAAAAAGGGACAAAUAAAAGCCAUUUUUAUGCCGGGAAACGGCUCUAAACAAGAAGUGGUUAAUAAAUAUCAAAACAUCUUAACUGAAACUCUUAAAAUGCCUCAAAACAAAGAAGAGGAACCAUUGAUUUUAAAGAAUGUAAUUCUUAUGGAUGGAAGUGAGCCAUCAAAAGAUGACAACAAUUAUGUCAAUUAUAUUCCGUUCAAUAAUCUUACGGCAAAUGACGGUAUAAUUAGUAGUCAAGUGACUGAUGCCGUAUCACCCGAUGACCCGGCGAUCAUUAUGUUCACAUCGGGAACGACAGGUAAACCAAAAGGCGCCUAUUCAUCACAUUAUACAAUAGUGAAUAAUACGAUAUUAUGCGGAGAAAUGUUUGAUUUUGAUGACAAACAAAUAUCAAUGUGUAUUCCUCUCCCGUUUUUUCACUCUUUUGCUGCAGUGUUGGGCAAUAUAUCAAUGUGUGGCACACCUUUUAAAUCUGUAAUCCCAAAUCUUAAAUAUGAUGUUAAACUGAUUGUUGAAACAAUGAUAAAACACGAAUGCACUCAUAUUAUUGUAACGCCCACACAAAUUAUUGAUAUAUUAAAUUAUGUGGAAACAAAUAAAUUGCAAAUCCCAUCAUUAAAGGGAACAUUGAUCGGAGGCGCACCCGUUCCCGUAGAAGUGGCACAUAAUAUAAGUCGUGUUAUACCAUCAGUGGAUGACAUCCGAAUUGGUUAUGGCGCUACUGAACUCGGUCCGUGUACUACAGCUUGUCAUAAAAAUGACACAUUUAAUAACCGUAUGGAAACAGUGGGAAGUCCUUUAGAUUUAGUUGAAGUUAAAAUAGUAAAUCCCGCGACCGGACAGAUCACCAAAAUUGGUGAACAAGGUGAACUAUUAUCGCGAGGACAUAACGUUAUGAUUGGUUAUUGGAAGGAUGAGGUUAAGACACGGGAAGCCAUUGAUGAGGGAAAAUGGUAUCAUUCAGGUGAUUUAGCAACUAUGGAUCAAUACGGAUACAUCAAAAUUGUGGGCCGAACUAAGGAGUUAAUCAUAAGAGGCGGUGAAAACAUAUAUCCCCGAGAAGUCGAGGAAUUACUGCACACACAUCCGGCAGUAUUUGAUGCUUAUGUUGUUGGAGUUCCUGAUGAGAGAAGUGGUGAAGAAGUGUGCGCUUGGGUUCAGCUUAAGAAUAAAAACGAAAAAAUUACUGAACAGGAAAUACGAGAAUUUUGUAAACAAAGAAUAUCCUAUUUUAAAGUUCCCCGAUAUGUGCUAUUUGUUGAUGGAUUUCCAAUGACACCGACAGGAAAGGCUAAAAAGUUUGAGAUGAGAGACCAAACCUGUAAAAUACUGGGUCUUAAACAAAAUCAACCAAAGAAAUAAUAUGCCCAGAGCAUGACAGAGACAGAGCAGGCAUUUGGCAAAAUUGGCAAAAUUGGCAAAAUUGGCAAAAUUGGCAAAAUU